AUGGCCGAUCGGGCGCGCUUAUCAGAUCCUCUGGAAGAUUGGCUGCGCCAGGAACAACCUCCUUUUCGCAUCCGGCGCGGCGUCUCCUUCACCGCGGUCAACGUGAACGGAUAUACGGAAGCCAAUUCGAUUCAGCAUACCUUCCUCAGCUAUUUCCAGCUAAUCCCCGUCUAUCUCAAGGCGUUGGUGGGCUUUCACGGCCCGCGGCAAAAGGUUCCAAUCCUAAGAGACUUGGAUGGAUUGGUACGACCUGGGGAGAUGCUCCUGGUCCUGGGACGGCCGGAAAGCGGUUGCACGACCUUCCUGAAGACGAUGGCAGGAUAUGUGCAUGGGGUGGAAGUGGUACAGCAUGAUGAAGGGAAUGGGAUCCUUUAUGAAGGUACCUCCUUUGAUGAAAUGCACCGGCGAUACUGGGGCGAGACCAUUUAUCUAGCCGAAGAUGACAUCCAUUUACCCAAGCUGACGCUCGAGGAGACUCUGGCCUUUGCGGCGGAGAUGAGACCACUGGGCCAGCAGCAGUCGCCGGGGGUCAUCAGUCGCCAGACGGCGGCUAUCUACGGGCUAGAGCGCGCCUUGCACACUCAGGCCUUCCUCAGUGGGUGUCCGAUCCAGUGUUGCGAUAACAGCAUCCGCGGGUUGGACAGUGCCACUGCAAUGAAGGUCGUGCGGACGCUGCGGGCUGUCGCUAAUGCGAGGGGCUCGACCAUCAUGACCACCAUCUACCAAGCCCCCGAGACCCUGUAUUUUCAGUUCGACAUGUCCAUGAUCUUCCGCUCGGUGGGGUCCCUGUCGCGCACCUACGCCCAGUCGCUGGCCCCGGUCUCUAUCAUGAUCUUCAAUUUCAUUAUCUACGCCGGAUUCGUGAUUCCACCCCCGGAUCAGUCUGAUGAUCAACGUAUUCCAGCAUCGACGGUUCGCAUGCUCGACCAUGGUUCCGUUGGACCCGGCUAUGAUGCGGAGAGCAGCACGCUGGAUGGAAAGAUCUGUUCGGCCAUCGGCAGCGUGGCGGGUCAGUCCUGGGUGGAGGGUGAUCGGUACCUGCGGCUGAAGUAUGGCUAUUCCAUCCAACACCUUUGGCGCAACCUGGGGAUUCUAUUUGCGUUGAUGGCUGGAUUCUGCGCCGUGCAUCUGACGGCGGCGGAAUACAUCCAAGCGGAACGAUCCAAGGGAGAUAUUCUUCUCUUCCGACGAACGAAGCUCUCCUCCACUCGUCACCAUGCUCCAGCCGAUGAGGAGAGCACCGAGGACGCAAUACGGAUCACGGAGAAAAGCAGUAGUCCCGAGUCAUCAUCGCCUUUAGGGGAGAUGCGCCAAACAGCCCAGGGACUGGCGGACAAGCAGUUUUCUUCUGUCUUCUUCUGGCGCAACGUCGGGUACGAGGUAAAGACCGAUAAGAAGAAAGAACCCACUCGCAUUCUAAAAGGCGUGGAUGAAUGGGUGAAACAGGGAACCCUGACGGCUCUGAUGGGCUCCACGGGCGCCGGUAAGACCACCCUCCUCGAUGUUCUCGCCAAUCGUAAAUCGCUGGGGAUGGUCUACGGCGAGGUGCGGAUCGACGAACGCCUGCGCGAUCGUUGCUUCCAACGCAAGACCGGCUACGUGCAGCAGGCCGACAUCCACCUCCCCACAGCGACUGUGCGGGAGGCCUUGGAGUUCAGCGCGCUGCUGCGGCAACCCCGCGAUCGAUCACGGCAGGAGAAGCUGGCGUAUGUCGACACAGUGCUACAGAUGCUGCAGAUGGAGCCGUACGCCGAGGCGGUGGUGGGCGUCCCCGGAAAGGGCUUGAACAUUGAGCAACGCAAGCGGUUGACGAUUGCAGUGGAGAUGGCGGCGCGCCCUGAGCUGCUGUUCCUCGAUGAGCCAACCUCGGGCCUCGACAGUCAAACCGCCUGGUCGAUCUGCACUUUACUCCGGCAGCUCUCAGAUAAGGGGCAGGCUAUUCUGUGUACUGUCCAUCAGCCUUCGGCUGAGCUCUUCCAGAUGUUCGACCGCCUACUGCUCUUACAGGAGGGCAAGACCUUGUAUUUCGGGGACCUGGGCCCGUCUGCAUCGACCUUGAUCGAUUAUUUCAGUCGGUCUGGGGCCUGCCGCAUGCCGGACGAGAGCGAGAAUCCGGCCGAAUGGAUCCUGAAUGUCACGGCUUCUUCGCCGACGGCCUCGGCUUCGGGCAGCAGCUGGGCCGAAGUCUGGGACACUAGCCCGGAGGCUGAGACCGUCAAGCGCGAGAUCAAAUUGAUGCAGACGACGCGAAUGACCGGUGACUACGUACCAUCGCCGUCCCCAAACACAGCCCAGGAGGACUAUGAAUAUGCCGCCCCGGGCCUCACGCAGCUGUGGCUCGUCACCUACCGCCUGACCAGCUUCCUCUUCUCCUGUUUCCUCCUCACCAUCCUCUUCAACACGGUCGACCAACAGAUAAUCCCGCGCUUCCUCGAUAACCGCGCGGCUUUUGAAGCUCGCGAGCGACAGUCCAAAACCUACAGCUGGCCCGUCUUCGUGGCGGCCAACCUAAUCGUAGAGUUGGUCUGGCAGUCUCUGGCAGCGAUCCCCGUCUUUGUGGCCUGGUACUAUCCCACAGGAUUUUGGCGAAACGGUCUGCAGGACAACAACGCCAAUAGCGUGGGCAUGUCCUCCCGCGCGGGUCUGAUCUUCCUCCUCCUCUGGCUCUUCUUCAUCUUCUCCGCCACUCUCUCCCAGGCCAUUGCUGCUGGCCUGCACGACGUGCUUACCGCCGUCAACAUCGCCAACCUUCUCUUUACCCUAUGUCUUCUCUUUUGCGGCAUCCUCGUCCAGCCCGCCGCCCUACCUCGCUUCUGGAUCUUCCUGUACCGCGUCAGUCCCGUCACGUACCUCAUGGGCGGCAUGAUCAGUGCCGCAGUCGCUAAUGCCCUCUUGCGCUGCGCCUCCGUCGACCUCCUCCGGAUUUCGUGGCCCACCACACAGAACCUGUCCACAGCCUCGUGCGGCACCUACUUGGCCCCGUACAUCCAGCGAACGGGUGGCCAGGUCCUGAACCUCAACGCCACAGCUAUUGCCGGCGAGGAUUGCGUCUUCUGCGCCGUGACGGACAUGAACACCGUGCUGGCGGAGAUGGGGGUCGAUGUCAGCAUGCGAUGGAGAGAUCUGGGCCUCUUCGCCGUGUAUGUCGCGGCGAACAUCGCCGGGACCUUUGGCAUGUAUUGGCUGACGCGGCGAAAACCGAGUUAG